AUGUUAGAAAGUAAGGCAGUUAGUACUCCUCUUGAUAAUAGUGGCAACUUGAGUAAUGUUGAGGGUGAGACUUGUGAUCCGAAGAUUCCUUACCAGGAACUUAUCGGAAGCUUAAUGUACUUAGCUGUAAUGACUCGUCCUGACAUAUCUCAUGCUGUUAGUCUAUUAAGUCAGUAUAAUAACUCUUAUACAAAGUUACAUUGGCAAUAUACAAAACGUAUACUUAGGUAUUUGAAAGGAACUACAGAUUUUUCCAUGAAAUUUAGUAAAAAUAAUUCAAAAUUAACAGGAUUCACAGAUGCUGACUGGGGGGCAGACAAGAAGGACAGGAAGUCUUUCACAGGCUAUGUAUUCAAACUUUCUAGGGGUCCCGUUUCAUGGAAAAGCUGCGGACAGUUGCUUUAUCGACAAAUGAAGCUGAGUAUAUGGCCUUAA